AAAAAAAUGUCAACAUAAAGAUUUUAGAAAAGUGAUAAAUAUAAAUAUUAUAGAUCAAUACUUAUCAUUACCUCCUCCCUCAGGACCACAUCACUUCUGUGAGGCCAGUUUCCUGAUUGCCACCCUGUCAAAGCCCCGCCUUCAGGGCUCCGAGCUCCGCCUCCAGCAGCACUUCCGCUGGGUGACUCUUCGCUGGGACCAGGAGCCGCUGCACGGCCUGCUGGGAAGACAUCUCCGCAGGAAGCUGCUUCACAAGACGGGCACUGGAGAAUGGACGGCUGAUGGGGUGAUGGAGCGCUCGGUGCAGUGGGUGAGUCAGGUUUGGCAGCAGCUCAACGCCUGUCUCUCUCGACUGGGAACCCAUGAGGCUCUGCUGGGUCCACAGCUCUUCCUGUCCUGCCCCCUGCUGCCCAACAACACACAGGCCGUGGUGAGGUGUGUACAUCUGAAACUCUUUAACAUACAGAUAACAUUGAUAUUUAAGUUACAUGGGAAGGAACUAGGGAAUCUGACAUUACAGGAUAAAGAACUGUAUGGUCACUGUAUUUUAUAGAUAUCGGGCUUCAAAGGUAAUCUCAAUGCUCUGCGCUAACGCUGCCCUCUAGUGGAAACCACUGUGAUUCA